GCUCUGGUUUUGGACUUCGGCCGCUCUCUUUCUCUUCCUCUUCUUCUUUUUCUCUGGUUCUCUCCCCAUUACUUCGUUUUUCUGUUUCAAUUCAUGAACUCUUCUGAUACUGGUACAGAAAACUCGUGGAGAAAAUAAGAAAGAAGAACAAUGUGAGGAAUUUGAUGCGGCUUUCCUUUUUUUUAUUCGUAAACGAUCAGGAGUUGUUCUUCUGAGCUUUUUCACCAUUAAUUUCCCUUCUUCUGGAGGCCUCGGCCAAGAUGACAAUGAAGAACCAAAACAUAUCCUUUCGUUAAUUGUUAGCAUUUCCCCUUCUUCCUUGAUGAAUUUUCAGAGAAAAAGGGAAGAAUCCAAGUGCAGAGUUUCACUUUGAGGAGAUUGGAGGUGUGGUAUCGAGAGAAAUUUGAGUCUUUUGCAAGAUUUCUGGUUUUGAAAGAUCAAAAUGACAGUCGACCUUGUAAGCACUCAAAUGUCGCGGGUCCGUUAGAAUUCUGUUCUUGAUCUUGGUUUUGCAGAGUUGGAAAACUGAGAAUUGAGAGGAUAUUGUCUUCAAUUGCGUUUUUCUCUUGAUAAAUCCAACGUGCCUGAGUGGGAAACCGUUGUUUUAUACGGUGAAAAUCUUUAUGCUCUGUCUUGUUCUCCUAAGGCCCGAAACGAAACUCCUCUGACCUAUCUUUCAUCCAUCUUCCUUCCCCUCCCUCAGUUUAAACUCGCUUGCAGUGCUUGAGAGGAGUUGGUUUUUCCUUGUAGAAUUCAAUUGAUAAAUCAAGAUCCUGGGACGAAGUUCGUACUUCCAGGGGAAAAAAGCGAUGGAGAGAGAUUCAGUGAAGAACAAUAACAGCAGUAAUCAGCCAGGGGAGGGAGUGUGUGGAGUGAAUCCUGAAACAACAACGGAAUUCGUAUUGCAGUGGGGCAACCGGAAGCGGCUCCGGUGUAUGAAGAUUCAGGUUAAAGACAACUCCACCGAUAAGACUAGGGUUCGAGUCGACCGACGCAUCGUUAGAACCGAAAGAGAGCCUUCAAAUCGAACCACCGCCACCACCAAUCAUCAUAACCUCCGUCGACUUCCACCUUCGUCUCCUCAGACUCAUCGCAUUCUCAGGAAUUCGGAAGCCUCGUGUACCAUGAAAGGGCAAAGCAACGGCGUAAGGACUCCCUUUUCUUCUCCAGACAGAGUGGGAGAAGAAGAGAGAUCUCAGGAUAAGAAGGAAAGCAGGAAUAACCAUAAGAACAACCACAACCGCAAAAACGGCAACGACAACCACCACAACAACACUUCGGAGACGGCGCAGGAUAGCAAGAAAGGGAAUUCGUCGUCGGGGAGCGAAGCGAUCCCGGUUUGGCCUCCGAAGUUCGUGAUCGCGCUCACGAACAAAGAGAAGGAGGAGGAUUUCAUGGCCAUUAAGGGGUCUAAGCUGCCCCAGAGGCCCAAGAAGCGAGCCAAGUUCAUUCAGAGAACCCUCAACCUGGUAUGCCCUGGAUCAUGGUUGUGUGAUCUAACGCUGGAGCGAUACGAGGUGAGGGAAAAAAAGAUCUCCAAAAAGAGACCGCGAGGGCUCAAGGCAAUGGGGACCAUGGAUAGCGACUCCGAUUAGCAUCAGUCAUGGGCCCAUGGGCCAUAUAUACAAGGACUUGAAUGAAAAAAAAAAAAAGGAGAGAGGAAGGAUGAAGAAUGUAGAGGCCAAAGCAGAGGGUUUUGACUUGUCAACUGAUCAGAACGUAGCCAUUUUCCUCUGGUUUUUAGUUUUACACCUUCUACUUGUUGAUGUAAACGUGCGGCGGGAAUUGACAAUCUGUUGUAUAAACCAAGAAAUCAACCCUCGUUUGGCAUAAAUUGAUAUCACGUUUCUCUCUCUUCUAACUUUUUUGGAGAUUAUUUUAGCCAUCGGUUUUGUUUUC